UGCAGAAAGAAACUACGUAGAAUGGAUAUACCGAGAGAUGGUGCUUUAGCGCCACCCAGUGGUGAAGCACACCCGUUACAGCUGCGGCGCACUUCCGUUCCUCCGCUCAACAAGGAAGUUCGACCGAUGGAUGAGAAACGACAUCAACCUGCUCCCGUCUCCCGUUGAACCGGUCAGAAAUCAGAGUGUUUCCACGGGAAGGUCGCCGCUUUCCUGUCGCUAUGGCGAUGUCAACAUUUCAGAAGGUGACCCUCGCGACGUGCCUCGUGCUGUGCGUCGCUCUGCUGCUUCCCAAAAUGCUGUUAUCCCGCGUGAGGAAGGAUGCUGCUGAGCGGCCGGAAGGUUCAGGUCGCCUCCCCCCGAUGAUGCACCGUCAGAUGGCCCCGGAUGGUCGAGGCCAGAGAGCUGCAGGCUCCGGCUUCUCCAGAGCACACAACCCCGAGGCCAUAGCCAGGGCCAAAGGAGCGGGAACAGGGGCGGGAACCGGCGGCAAAUCCAACCUGGCAGGACAGAUCAUCCCUGUGUACGGCUUCGGGAUCUUGCUCUACAUCCUCUACAUACUGUUUAAGAUCACAUCCAAGGGGAACAGUAAGCCAUCAGAGGGCAGGUUUCCUUCGGUUCGGUCGGAGAACAUGAAGAGAAAGAUCACCGACUUCCAGUUGGCUCAGCUGCAGGAGAAACUGAGGGAAACGGAGCUGGUGAUGGAGAACAUCGUUUCCAACGCGCACCACAGUCCUGACAGGGUGAAGGGGGUGACGGCGGAUCAGGAGGAGAACCUCCUGCAGCAGCUGACCGAGAUAACUCGGGUGAUGCAGGAGGGCCAGCUGGUGGACAACGUGGCUCCAGAGAAGAAGAGCCAGGAUGACUGGGAAGGUUAUCCUGAGGAGCCCCAGCAGUACUGGGAACAUUCCCACUGCUUUUGUCAGCACAGCCAGCAGCACCACAGUCCACAGACGGAGACGGAGGCUGAGAGGACGCGGGCUGAUGGAGCCGAGUGGGAAAACAUUCCUGAAGACGUUACAGGUGGAGGAGAGACUGAGGAAGCGGAGGAUCUGAGUCGAGAUGCUGUGAGAGGAUCGGGUGAAGAGGACGUAGGGCCAGGGCUUGAAGGCGGCGUGAAUGAGAAUGCCCACAUGCAUGAGUCCAAGGAGACAGGAGGUGAGAUUGAUCUGGGUGUCCUAGAGGAGGACCUGGCUGGAGUCCUGAAGGAGCUGGAGCUCUCCCUGCAGAUGACGUCCAUGAUGGAGCAGGAGAAGAUGGAGGACCUCACCAGGUGGACGGAGAAAGAAACUCCCUGCAGCACGGUCAGACGGAGAAACAGGAGGAGGCGAGCAAAGAAAGCCUCACGCUGACCUCCGGCGGCAUGGCAGCACAGAAACUUCCUGUCGGUGUCGGUGUUUGUGAGGACAGUUUCUUGUCUUAAAUCUGGUCUCGUCAGAUGGACGGAAGCAUGAAAUGAAUGGCUGAAAAUGUGUUGCCAGCCUUGUUUGAGGUGAAGUGUGUAUACAGAGCACAAUUUUCUAUCACUAACCUUAGCCUUGGCUCAAACAGGAAUAAGUAUAGUUUAUUGAUUAGUGUAGAAAUUCCUAAGGUUUUUAAUUCAAACUGAUGUGUCAGCAUUAGAUGUAAAACUGUCUGUGAACAAAGCCAGUGUUAGUAGUUCUGCUAGGCGAGUGUUGAGUUCAUCGUAUUUGAUCUGUCAAGGCCUUUCACACAUUUUCUGCCUCUUUUCCUGCCAAAUAAUAAAGUUAUUCACAGCAGGUGCUUGAUUUAAAAGUGGAUUUAAAAUUCACAAAAGACUAGUAAACACGACUGAAUCGAGCCACUUUGAAAGAGAUUUGAACCUGAUACCGGACUCAUUUUCAGCUUCAUGUGGUCUUUAUGUCCAGGAUGAUUUUUUUUUUUUUGACAAGGACUUUGAAUUGCAUUGUUACAAUAAACGUGCUGUACUAAACUGAA